AAAGUGUAUGUGGGUCUCUGUCUCGCCCUCACUCGCUCACCGCUCCUCUCGCAACUCUCCUCGGGAUCUCCGGGUCCCUUUCCUCGGUGACGGGCUCCCCACACCAAGCAGUCACCAUUUCCGCCCCCGGGAGACCCACGCUGGCAGCGCAGCCCCUUCCCCGACUCAGCAUCGGGAGGAAGACCCUGGUGGCGGCUGCCGUGGGGGUUAUGCUGGUCCUGGUGCUGGUGGUGCUCAUCCCUGUGCUCGUCAGCUCCGUGGGGACCGACUCCAGCCACUACGAGAUGCUGGGCACCUGCCGCAUGGUGUGUGACCCCUACCUGAACAAAGGCACCCCGGCCAGCAGCACCAGCUCCACCGGGCUGCAGGCGGAGGCGGAGGCGCUGAGCGACCACAGCAACGUGCUGCCGCCCUCCACGCUGCUGCAGGGCCCGCAGGGGAAGCCCGGCCGGCCGGGCAAGCCGGGGCCGCCCGGGCCGCCGGGGGAGCCCGGACCGCCGGGGCCGGCCGGACCGCCCGGCGACAGAGGGGACCAAGGGAGGACUGGGAUUUUGGGUCUGGGGGGUAACGGAGCUAUCAGCACAGCCACCUACAACACGGUGCCUCGGGUGGCCUUCUACGCGGGGCUGAAGAACCCCCACGAGGGCUACGAGAUCCUCAAGUUCGACGACGUGGUGACCAACCUGGGCAACAACUACGACGGCAUCUCGGGCAAAUUCAUCUGCAGCAUACCGGGCACAUACUUCUUCAUCUACCACGUGCUGAUGAGAGGAGGGGACGGCACCAGCAUGUGGGCAGACCUCUGCAAGAACGGCCAGGUCCGGGCCAGCGCCAUCGCCCAGGACGCCGACCAGAACUACGACUACGCCUCCAACAGCGUCAUCCUCCACCUGGACGCCGGCGACGAGGUCUACAUCAAGCUGGACGGGGGGAAAGCGCACGGCGGCAACAACAACAAGUACAGCACCUUCUCCGGCUUCAUCCUCUACGCGGAUUGAGGGCGAGAC